AUGUUGGGUCUCAAGACAGUAUUGGUGUUGUCUCUGCUACUGGUUGCAGUUUCGGCCUUUUACGGACGACAACUAAGAAAUUUUGUACGUUUUCGUAAACCUGAAGAUCUGUAUCAACCAUCAUUCCGGACGGUGCUCUGCGGAACGCAUCCAAUUCGUAUCCAAAUGGAUGCCGAUCCGGAAGUGAUGUGUAAUGAAUACUAUCGGAUGAGUGCCGCAGCGGCGGUAAAUGAUGGCUUAUGA